CUCAGAUUGAGUUGUGACUCUGACGCUGACGACUUGAGGCCAAGGCGAAUUCCAAAUACACAUCUGCUGCGGGGACAAGGGGCGGAGCAACCAAGUGCUGAUAUUUGAAGGAUGGUUUAGGGAGUACGAACCAAAAGGAAGCAAGAGAGAAGGCAGGAAUUUGACUGAUCCAACACCUGACGAUGGCAUUCAUAUUUGAUUGCCUGUGAAAGCCUCACCCAAUGAGUAAAGGAUUCAAACCGGCAUCCCAGUUUCAUCUGCGACAUUGGAGUUGGCAUUGUAGUGUCCUCUUUAUUCAAGUGCUGCCAGAUAACAGAUGAGUUCAAAAAGGUUAUUAUUGCCGUCAAUACAUGGACAAUCUCUGGGACAAGCAGCACGAGGUUAUUCAUGCACUGAGAAGUACGAUUGGCAAAACCUAACCCGUCACCAAAGUGAGCAGGCAGCAAGGGAGCAACCUGAUCAUGAUGCAACCCUGCACUGCCAUAUGCCUGGCAGGUUGGGGGAAUAUACUGCAUCACAUGGUAAUGGACAUUCCUCUGAGACUCAUGGCCGUGGAAAUGGAGUAGGUGGACCAUGCCACCUAUCUUCUUGUUCUUAUGGUGGAUGCCAUGGUCAAAAUCAUGCUUGUCUCAGCAAUACAUCAAAACAAGCUAGGCGCAGCAUUUCACCUGGACGUGAUCCCAUCAUAUCGUAUCGGUGCAAGAGAAGCCUGCCCUUUGGUAAUGUUCAUCAUUGUGCAAAAGGAGCUGACAGACAGAUAUGUCGAGCAGGAAGUUGUAGGAAGAAUUUUUCUACUAACCAGGGGAGUAGCAGUCAGAAUAGACACAAUCAUGAUGAUAGAUAUCUGCCAACUAAAGUUGACUUCCUGUAUGACCAUUUUUCUGAGAUAGAUGCAGCAAGGCAUCGGUCCUACAUGUGCAAUUUUCACAGUAAGCGUAAGGGAAACUCUUGGAAAGAUCCUAUAUCAUCACAAGGUCGAUCGUGUCAAAGGGAUGAAGUAGCAAGAGUUCAUCCCAAGAGACCAGUUAAUGAAUUUCGUUCCCACCAUCAUGAGCAACUUGAGCUUUCUCCCAAUGAGGAUUUUCAUGAAUGCUUGGAUAGCUGUCGAACUUUCAGAAAUGCUUAUAAUGGCAAGAUGGUAAAAAGGAAAUUUAUAAAACAAGGUUUCCAUGAAAACACUUACAAUGGUGCUUGCGCUAGUAAAUAUGAGAGAAACAAUAGCCGGAAAAGGAAGUCAGAUCAUUUGGGUGGAAAGAAAGCUAGCAAGAAUGUGGCUUACGAGGACAAGUCUAAAAGGCACUGCUGGCCCAGGGAGAAGGACCAGCAACAACAGGUUGAGACUGACAAGAAGAGGAUAAAUGAUAGUCUGGAGGUAAAUGCUGAAAUGACUAAGUUUGUGGGUCAAAAUGGAGGAAAAGGGAAUUAUGAUCCAAAGAAGAAUGCUACAGCUCCUGCUGCAAGUGGCUCAACAAAGUGUGAUGAGAACUCAAACAUGUUAAGUCCCAAGUGCAGCAAAACUAUUGCUUCAUCGAGCACACCAAAACUGAGUGAAGGAAGUAUGGACAUGGAUCUAGAAUCUGACAAGCAGUCUGAUGUCGACGGCUGCACUGAAAGAGGUAUACUGCAGCAUCUUCCAGUCACCCAUACAGAGAGGAAUGUGCAACUGAAAGAAUCAGAUAAUCUUGCUCAGUCCGAGGCACUUCGCCAAGAUUGUUUGAUCCUAUGGAGAGCAAGACAAUUAAGAAAGGCUAGUGCUGCUAAGGCUGAUAAAAUUGUAAAAGCUAAUCAACAACAGACUGGACGAAGAAGCAAGGUGUCAACUGGCAGAAGAGUGAUGAAUGGAAGACCUGCUGCUUUUGCUACCUCAGAAAGUGAUAAUGAAGAUGACACUGCAUUGGGGUGUUCUGAUCGAUUUAGUAGUGCAACAUCAUCCGAUGGACUACAAAAGUGUGGUGAAGGAAGAGCUAACAAAAAGAUAGAGAGGCCCCUCAAAUUCCAUAGUAACAGUAAAUGCAACAAAAUCCCUCAAAAUGUAACUGCUGAGAAAGGGCUGGAGUGUAGUCUCAAGCUUCCACCAGAAGCAAAUCCUCUUGAACUUUCGCAGCCGAAAGAAAAGGAGAAACAUCUUAACAGGAAGCAAUUAUCGACUGAUCAUCCAGAUGCCAAGGUGUUGAAUAGUUGUUCUGACACUAGUAAAGUGGACCAAGCUGCUGUUUGUCAUUGUGAUGAUGGUGCACAUCAGAAUAUUUCUCAACAGGAGACAAAUAAUGCUGACAGAAAUAAACAGAAACUAGGUGUAAAGUGUGAAAAGAAAGCAGAAGGCCAUGGUGCCAAAUGGGUUGAACAAUAUACUGGUGCUGACCCAACAUUGCUGGACCAAGAGGCUGUUGCUCGUUGCUCGAUGAAUGUAAAUUUGAAGGUAAAUGCUCUGGAGACUCCAAAUCAUGAGAGUGGAAGUACUCCAUUUCAUGGUUCAAUACUGGAUAGAGGAACUGCAAACAUGUGCCAAAAGAAACCCAUCAAUAGGGCCAGUGAAAGUUACUGCAGAGAUUUCAAAAAUUGGUUGGAUGGAAAUGAUCGUAGAGACAACCAACAGGAAGCCAUGGAUCAUAACAUUUUAAGAAAGAAUCAAGUAUGUUCAGUGAUGGCAGACCUUGAAAAUGUGUUGAACGAGAAAGAUACAAAGGACUCCGAACCUCAAGCUCUUAGGGUUGAGAGCACAUCAAAUCGAUGGAUAACCACAGAGGAUUGUACUUAUAACACAAUACAUUCUGGUGCUGCUAAACAAGGUGAUGGAAUCCCUUGUCCUUCGAUACCAGACUUAAAUUGCUCGCCUAGUAUGAUCAGCAAUGAGGACUUUGCGGCACCCGAGGAACUGGUUUGCCAAGAUGGUUUCAAACCUCAGAAUGUUACUAAGAGUCUUUCAGCUUCGUUAACUGGACCAAUUGCAAAGGAAGAACAUCAUGAGCAAGUGAAGGAAGAGCAGCAUAAGCAAGCUGAGGCGAAUCAAAUCAUCAGAGAAGUCUACAAAAAGGAGGGUACCUCUGAAGUGGCAACACAGUUGGAGAUCUCUGAAUCAAAUACUGGGCCUCCACAACGAAGCGCAGUUGAAGAAAGUAGCGCACCAAUGGAUCUAUUCAAGUGUGCCCUGUGUGAGUUCGUAAAAAAUUUCAUAAAGCCUCUGUGGGACAACGGGGUGCUAUCCCGGGAAGUGCACAAAAUCGUAGUGAAGAAGGCUGUGGAGAAAGUGGCUGGCGCUUGGGCCUCGAAUGCUCCCUCAACAGAACUGGCCAUCUCAAGGAUUUUGUCCGAUGAAGCUAAAAAUAUAGAGAAGCUUGUUCAGGGCUACCUAAAUAUGUACGUGGGAAGAGAAGUUCUUAAAAAAAUUAUGCCUGAUAUUUCCUGAGCGGUCCAGCGAAACAUGCUGUAGCUCCGUGCAAGUAGGAGGAUGUGAAGCGUGCGAGGCAGCUGCGAAGAAACCAUGGAAGGGAAAGACAAUUAAGUUAUUAAAACUCUCACAACCGCCCACCUGUUGAAUUUAAACACAUCUUCGUUCCUGGGGGCUGUAGCCUAUCGUUAACUUAUUAAGAAGAUGUUAGGAAUGUAUAUAUUAUUAGUAUCUAUUUAGCCGGCUUUCGGCUGGUGAUGCCAUUUUGCCUCUGCAAUCAUGAAGGGUCACUGGUUGUGAAAGGGUGCUAAACCUGUGUGGUGUGGCCGCG